GCUUUAGUUGCAGCAGAAAGGAAAUGUGUCAUCUGUGGUUUGGUUUUAAAAGUGGAAAGCUAGCUGUACAUAUCCUUUUUUUUUUCACUGCAGAUUUACUUUAAGGUUCAUAUUCUCCAAGUCUAUUCUGCUUUAAAUUACUUGGAAGCUGUGCUUCAAGACAAGAAAAGAAGUGGCUUAUUAAAAUCAGGUUAUAACCAAAUUUUGACCAAGAAUUUGUAAGAUUACCAGUAUACUCAUGGACAUGGAACACGCAGGACAUUACCUGCAUCUUGCCUUCGUGAUGACAACAGCUUUUUCUUUGUGUCCUGGAACAAAAGCAAACUAUACCCAUCUGUGGGGUAACAGUACUACUGUCUGGGAUCCCGAUAUUCAAAAUAAGACGGGCAGAAACCAAAAUGAAAACAUGAACACAAACCCUACAACUUCUGCAGUAGAUAAAAAGAGUGAUUCUACAAACAUGACUGAAAUCGCCACGUCAUCUCCUGUCCUAUCUCUAACUCCUAAAUCGGAACUGGAGAUUUAUAUACCUUCUGUCGUCAGGAACAGCUCUCCAACAGUACCGAGCAUCAAAAACACAAGCAAAAGUCCCCAUGACAUUUUCAAAAAAGGGGUCUGUGAGGAAAACAACAACAAAAUGGCUAUGCUAAUUUGCUUAAUUAUAAUUGCAGUGCUUUUUCUUAUCUGCACCCUCCUAUUUCUUUCGACUGUAGUUCUGGCAAACAAAGUCUCAUCCCUCAGACGAUCAAAACAAGUAGGCAAGCGUCAGCCGAGAACCAACGGCGAUUUUCUGGCAAGCAGUGGUCUAUGGCCUGCUGAAUCAGACACUUGGAAAAGAGCACAACAGCUCACAGGGCCCAACCUAAUGAUGCAAUCUACUGGAACUCUCACAGCUACAAGGGACAGAAAAGAUGAAGGAGGAACUGAAAAACUCACUAACUAACAGAAGCUUUAGUGAAGACAAAUGCAAAGUAGCAACGAGAAAGCUUAUGAAGUAAAAAUGAAAUCCGUUUGGUAUUUAAUGCCACAAGUUGGUCUAAGAUCUGUUGACAUGGCAGCCUUGCAAUUUAGAAUCGAGCAGGCGAGAAGGGAAGAAGUCAGUUCACCUUCUCAAAUACUUAAACUGUGCACUUUCAUUCUGACACUGAAUAUUUUAAGAAGCAAAUAAUAAAACACCCAAGAACGUGGAGAAGGUUUUAAAGAUGAGUUGAAGGAACUAAUUAAUGGAGGUAGAAAGGAACAAUUAAAUAUUUCCUGUUCAGCAGCAGUAGUUAGAUGAUCUUUGUCUGAAUGUAAUUAAACUUUGAAGAGUUUUAAUGUGUCCUUAGAGGCAAGUAUAUGCUUCAACAUCUAACAGAAGCCAAAUUCCUAAUGCACAGAGUUGAACUGUAGUUUAACGGUGCCUCUGCUGAAUGAGACGGAAUCUGUCCCAGUUCGUAUAUCAACACAGCUAAUUUUAUGCUAGAUGUUUUCAUCUUUAAGUAUGGCACACAUAAGAAAGUGUUUUUCUACUACAAAUAUUUAAUUAAAACUUUUAAUUUUGUAUCAUAAGUUAAGACUCAUUAGAAUAAAACUGACUACAUAUA